UGUGCAACAGCAGUAAACUGAUAAGUCUUUUUCCUUACUUCUACUUGUACAACCCUUCUCCAGCAAACAUGAAGUUCGUCGUCGCCGUAGUCAUGUUGGCUCUUGCCGUUGGCGUGCACUCAUCUCUGUUGACAGCCCAUAUCGCACCAGCCGUGUCGUAUGUCACCUCAUCACUGCACCCAGGCCCCCUACUCGCGCACGGUGCCUACGGUGGACUUGGAGGACUCGGCCCAUGGGGCGCACCAGCAGCAGUUAGCGCAUGGGGUGUUCCCGGUCUGUUCCCGCUCAGUCAGGGUCCACAUGGUGCUGGUAUUGCUGCUCCGCUCGCUUUGGGACGUUUGGGACAUGGUGCUGGUGUGUACGUGGCGAAAACACGCGGUGCUGUGCAUACUGCCCCCUUGCCCGGUCACACCACCUCAGCGACUUCUCUGAAUAUAUCCCCAGCUCCUGGCACGCACUAAGCAACUCAAUCGACAUCUUGUUACCCCCAUUCGUCCAGUAUCACAGCGAUUUCGCACACAAACGAGGAAAUACAUAUUCACUUAACUACACACAAACACAUUAUACAUGAAACAAAUGCAACAACAACAAUUCGACGACAACAAUUCGACGACAACGAUGCCAAACUAAGGAUGCAACUGUAUAUAUAGCAUUAUAUGUAUAUGUUUUUAUUUUUCAUUAAUAUUGAUAAUCCGUUUCCGUUUCCGUAAUUCGUUAUCCGCAACCGCAACCCGCAAACUGAUCAAUGAAAUGUUUAUAUUUCGCUUUAUUAUUUAAUAAUAUACUAUGUACAAUAUGUUGUACAAACAUACUUACAAAUGUAUUUCAUGCUAUUUACUUAGCUAUUCAUACUUAUCUACUUACAUACUUACUUGUUUUGUGUUUUAAGCGUGUUCGGGCAAAUAUGUUAGCCAGAAAUGCUUGACCAUACACCACAAAAUGAAGUGAAGCGAAUGGAAUUCUGCGGUACUCAUCGCAUUUAGAAUAGAAGUGCGAUAUGCCAUUUUCAAUUAAGUGACAUAACAAGUCGACAACAACUGCUAUUUAGAACAACAGCAAUAACAACAAUAAGAACAACAGUGAUACAAAUACAAACAACAAGAGCAUGCCAACUGGUGAUUAAUCGUAUUUCGUACAACUUGGAGAACUUUCCACACAACUAUACAACUAUCUGAUACUCUGUCCUUUUACUCUCUGUACAUACUUCUCUACCAUGCCUUUCACUUUCUUCAUUUACAUCUUUUCGCUGCUGUACUGUUUUUAAUGCUUUCAUUUAGUCAAUUAACAAAAAUAAAAAGUCACUUAAGAUCUAACUUUCUUCCCAGCUUUCACUCUAUGUUUUGAUGCUCUCUUAAUUCUCCUCCUCUUUCUUUACAUAGAGACCACUUGUACGUAUUUACGUUUAUAUUUUUUUUUUAUACAGUUAAACGUAAUUUUGUAAGAUAUUCAAUGCAAUUCUUUGAAUUUAUUGAAUAUUUUUGAUUUGAAUAAAUAUAUUGCAAGAUUUUUAUAAAGUCAA